CUCGGAGCUGGGAUCAGAGGUGCAGGUGGCAGGGGGCAAGGACAAGGCGCACUACCUCGUGGCACUGGUGGUACACCACCUCAACAGGUCCUCCAACAUCUCGCUCUACGAGUGCCGCCAGUGGGUUGAGUACCACAAGUAUGCGGGCGUCUCACAUGUCGUGUGGUACGACACGUCUACAGACUCCCGGGAUUCUAUUGAGGCAGCAUGGCGGCCAUACAUCCGGGACGGCUUCCUCACCCUGCACUCCUUCCGCCACCUCUUCCCCUCCUUCGACCCACAAGGCGCCGCCUCCAAGGACGACCAGGCGACCCUGCACUUCCUGACCACGCACGGUCCGCAGACGGCCUGGUUUGUGCGCCUGCCGGUCUCCUCCUUCCUGUUUGCCCCCGGGGAUGUGAAGCCAGGGUUCCUGGAUCGGUUUCUGAGGGAGUAUGAGGCGCACAGGCAGCAGGCGUCGCAACUGCUGCUGCAGAUGCUGCACUUCGUGGGGCCUGGCGAGCAGCGCCCCCUUCCUGCUCUGCUCUUGGAGAGAUUCGUGCAUCGCACGGAGCAGACAAGGGGGGCGUCCCUGCAGAAGUUUGCACAGAUGACUGCAGUGGUGAAGCCGGAUAGCGUGCUUCGUCUCUUCUGGCACCACCCGCAUCACCUGGAGAUGAGCAAGGGGGAUACUGUGGUGCUGCCGGCAGCGCUGCUACGCGUGCACUCGUUCGAGAAAGCGGUUACAGGGGAAGGGGUGGAAGGUGAGGAAGUGGUGACGGAUACAUCGAUGCUUCCUCUUGCAAUUGAGUUGAACCAAAUGCUCAACAAGGACUCGGGUGCCGAGCCAUCCCGAACCACAGCGUACGAAACGGACAGACUAGCCACGGCGACGCGCAUGACUCCCGCAAUGGACGGGCAAGCCGUGGGCGAGCGAAUGUACCGACGGAAGCGCCAGCGGGCGUCUUUAGGCGGCAGCGCCAUCUCCGAUCAGGACUCGGAAGACGCGUCGAACGCGGCGGAAAGUCAAGGCCCAUGGACCUGGCCUCAUCGGUCCAAACAAGCGGCGAAAGCGGUGUCGGGGGAUGACGUUGGGAGGAUACUCUUCGGCAAGCCGUUGCCUCACGAGGAGGAGACUCCCAAGCAGGUGGAGCUGCGGUCCAAGUGGCUGGAAGACAGGAAGCCAGUGACUCGCAGUGGCAGGGCCGCUAAGGAGAAGGCAGCUGCUGCCGCGAGACUGGAGGUGGAGGAGCAGAGGAAGGAGGAAGAUUUGCAGCAGCAGCGGCAACAGCAGCAGCAGCAGCAGAGGCAACAGCAGCAGCAGAGGCAACAGCAGCGGCAGCAGCAAGAGCAGCAGCAGCAGCAGCAACAGCAACAACAACAACAGCAGAAGGAUUUGAAAGGACAGAUGAAACCGCAUUCGACGAGUAAACGACAGCAGAAGCAGCAGCAGCGGAAGGAUGUGAAAGAGUUGAAGCCGCGUUCGAUGAAUAAACAGCUGCAGCAGCAGGAACAAGAGAACCCGGGAAGAGAAGUGGCAGGCGUGGAUAUGGCGAGGAGAGAGGGAGUUGUGUCGAAUGGAGGGGAUGUUGAAGAAGCAAGAGGGGGAGAUGAUCAUAGUGCCUUGGAGAGCGGGAGUGAAGGGAGUGAGAGUGAGGAGAGUGAGAAAAGUGAGGAGAGUAAGGAGGGCGACAAGGGUGACUCGGAGUGGGGCUUGCGGCCGCAUAGGAAGUCAAGUGGGUUGAGUGUGUCCCCAGGCAAAGGGCGGGUGAAGAGGGAGCAUGGGAAGCAAGAGCGCACUGUUUUUGUGUCCGAGAAACAGACAUAUUUUGCGGAAGUAGAUGCUUUUGAAUUGGAGGAAGAGGAAGCAUCGGAUGGUGGCUAA